AGCACGCUGUAUCACUGCACUCUCUCAUUAGCCUUGUUACAUCUAACAAACCACUUUGCUCAACAAUGAUUGCUGAUGCCAGCCAGAUGAAGGCUCUGUAUGAUGCCAACGGUUACCUGACAGCUAUACCUGUGCUAGAUAAGAAUGAACUAGAUCUGGCUCGUAAGGAAUAUGAAAAACUGGAAGAAAAGUUUGGUAAGGAAUAUACUCAGUACAGCCUGCACAACAUACACAUGCAGUAUGAGUGGGUAAUGAAUCUGACCGUCCAUCCCAACCUGCUGAAAGCUAUCACUGCUGUUCUGGGGCCUGAUGUCAUUCUGCUGGACUCUAGAUUUAUCUGUAAAUAUUCCUCUAGUGACGUCCCACACAAGGAAAAUACAGCUCCAUAUGUUGCUUGGCAUCAGGACAUCAAAUACUGGGGGUUUGAAGGAGGUCCUGUAGCAUCAGUCUGGCUCGCAUUUGAUGACGUGGACAGUGAAAAUGGAGUCCUGCAAGUAAUCCCAGGAAGCCAUAAACAAGGCAUUCUGGAGCACAGAAAUGCAGUUGUCCCAGGAAACAUGCUGACAGCCAAUCAGGAGAUACCGAGUCACCUGGUGCAGGUGGAAGACGCUGUUGAGUGUCCUCUAAAAGCAGGAGAGAUGUCUGUGCAUGAUGGGUUAACUGUCCAUUUUAGUGAGCCCAAUAUGUCCAACAGAAGAAGAUGUGGAUUUGUCAUCCGUUAUGUUCCCACCUGUGCAUACCCUGUUGAGGAUCCUGAUCGUCCUCGAACAUUUCCUGCAACAGUGCUAGUGGCUGGAAAAGAUGAAUUUCAGAAUUUUCAAAAUCACUCUCCUAAUUUUUUCAGCAACAAGUUUUAAUUUAGAAAAAUGCCACAGAGUUUUCUAGGUUAAAAUAAAAUCACUUUAACCCUCUUAAAUUGUUCCACACAUUUAAACUGUCACACAAAGAUGAUGUAAUGCAUGAAAAUCUUUUUUGAAAAUCUUUUUAAUGCAACAAGAAUGAGUUGUAUAUGAAAAACUUCACAAUGUCACCAUUUUCACUAUGUUAUUGUUGUGUAAAUAACAUAUUCACUCAAUCUAGGAUUACCAUAUUUAUUAAAACAUUAUUUAAAUAUUUAUUUUCUCAUACCUUACUAUAUGUUCAAUAGUAAAUAAUAAUUUAUUUGUAUUUGUCUGUUUAAAAUAAAACAUUUUAUAUCAAAA